GCAACUGCUAGUCCUGAUGAUACUAUGAAACCCACUGGAGUGAAAGAUGCUGAAACAUAUGCUGGACUGGUUUAUUAUGAGGAAGAUGGAGUAGAGGAUUUGGUGAUGUUCACUACAGCUAAAAAACUAAGUGCUCUCCUUGAGUAUGUUGAUAAAAAGCAUUCUCAUGCUAAGUUGGGACAGAAUGUCUAUUUUUGUUUUAAGCCAGAGAUUAAUCAUCUUGAAUUGAAUUUAGCGAGUCUACAAGAAAAACCAUUCACUGGUUGGAGUAUUGAGCCUCACCUUAAGCCUUGUAGAUUGCGUCGUUGUGAUGUUGAUAAUUUUGGUGAAGCUAAUUAUCCUCUUCCUCCAUGUUGUCUGAUAUCAGUAUAUGGAUCACCUGGUGCUGUACCAUCACUACAUUACUCUGUACCACUGGAUGGAGUGGCUGAUCCUGUUACAUUAUUCAUUCAUCGAUCACUGAGAACUGCUCCUCCUCCUCUUCCUUCAACAGUACAAGGUACUAGCUCAAGCUCCUCUACUGCUAGUAUCAGUCAAACCAGGAGAGAGACUGAAGAAGGUACAUUUAGAUCUGAUAUUGCUCAUAGAGUAAUGACAGAAUGUACUUCAUUAAUAAAGAAUUGCGGGAUUGAUUUUCACUUCUUAGUUGACAAGUUGUUAGAACACAAUAUUAUCAAUGCAAGAGAGAAGAGAGGAAUAACUGAUGACUACACUAGACAAACUACUGGUGAAAGAAUGGAUGAAUUGCUCCACAUCAUUUCAAGCUCCAUUAGUAUGGAAGGAGAAGUAUUUAGUAUAUUCUUAGAUAUACUCAGAGAGGAAGGCACUAGAAGAACUAUUAAACUAGCUGAUAAACUAAUAGAAAAAUAUAAUAAUAUUUAG